GAGGUAAGGGUCCUCAUGAACCUUUUAAGUUUUUGUCUGUUUAUAUGUUAGAGAGCUUCUAGCAUAUUAGAGUUUGGUCUAUAUGCUUGAGCAAAAAAUUUGCAUUUUUGUUUAUUGUGUAAUUUUAAAGAACUUAAGAUUCUAGUACUUUGUAUGGUCCUUGUGAUAGAGGGUGUCUUUGUUGAGCAUUGCGUUAGAUAGAUCUGGGGUUGCUGUAGUUGUGGGGUUCUGUGUAAGAGUGAUUGGGAACUCGGUGGGUUUGUAGCAUUUUGGGACUCUGAAGGUUUGUGUAUGGUAGAUUUGGGUCUUUUGGAAUUGGGUUUUUUCAGAUCUUACUGGAUUGAAAGUUAGGCUAACUUGGGCAUUAGGUGUCCUUUUGGUUUAUUAGGCUCUUUUGGGAUCUGAGAUAUUAGAAUUGGUGAGAUGAAAGAAAUGAAGUUGGUACCUUUGGUUCUGAUUGUUUUUCUGUUUGUAAGGCAUGGAACAUUUGCCUCAUUCACUCCUGUUGACAACUACUUAAUUGCUUGUGGUUCUUCCAAAAAUGUCACCUUCCAGGAUCGAAUUUUUGUUCCUGAUUCAGAGCAUUCUUCACUUGUCCUAAAAUUUGACAAUUCUAGUAUUGCUAGUUCCAAUUCUAGUGUUCCAUCUCCAAUCUACCAAUCUGCUCGAGUUUUCUUGGGCAUAUCUUCUUAUAAAUUUGGAAUUGAGCAGAAAGGCCGGCAUUGGCUCCGGCUCUAUUUUUACACUAUUCCAAAGCCAGGCCAAAACUUGAAAUCUGCCUUGAUGUCUGUAGUCACUGAUGAUUUUGUGCUCCUAAACAAUUUCACUUUCAACAAUUAUAAUGGUUCAUAUAUGUCCAAGGAGUAUGCAAUCAAUGUGACUUCCAAUACCUUGACCCUUACUUUCAUUCCUUUGAACAAUUCAAUUGCGUUUAUUAAUGCAAUUGAAGUUGUCUCAAUCCCGGAUGAGGUGCUUCCUGACCAGGCAUUGGCUCUAAAUCCAACUGCUCCUUUUAGUGGCCUUUCUGAACUUGCCCUUGAAACUGUUUACCGGCUAAAUAUGGGGGGUCCUUUGCUCACUGCUCAAAAUGAUACUCUUGGAAGAACUUGGGAGAAUGAUGUGAAGUACCUUCAUGUGAACAGUUCUGCAGUGAAUGUGUCAGUCAACCCCGCAAUCAUAAAAUACCCAAUUUCCGUCACCCCCGAAACAGCACCUAAUUUGGUUUAUGCCAGUGCCGAAAUGAUGGGAAAUGCAAAUGUCCCUGUAGUCAAUUUCAACAUAACCUGGGUAUUUACUGUUGAUCGAAACUUCACGUAUUUUGUUCGGGUGCAUUUCUGUGAUAUUGUAAGCAUGUCUUUAAACACUCUAGUUUUCAACCUCUUCAUAAAUGAUGAUACUGCUCUUCCGAGUCUUGAUCUAUCAUCCAUUACCAAUGACCUGUCUGUGCCUUACUAUAAAGACUUUGUUUCCAACUCUUCAGUCGAUUCAGAUACUUUGACUGUUAGUGUUGGUCCAGAUAUUGUGGCUGAAACCACUAAUGCAACUAUCAAUGGGCUUGAGAUUAUGAAGAUCAGCAAUAAAUUUAGGAGCUUGGAUGGGCCUUUGUCCGUUGAGAGUCUCCUUCCUAGUUCACCCUCAAAGAACAUUAAUGUUGGAAUCAUAGUGGGUUCUAUUGUAGUAGCUGUAGUGGCAAUGGUGGUAAUUGGUUUGUGUUGCUUCUUGGUGGCCCGCAAGUCAAAGACUCCUCAGCAAGGGCAUCCAUGGCUGCCUUUGCCCUUAUAUGGGAACUCUCAGACCAUGACAAAAAUGUCCACAACUUCCCAAAAGAGUGGAACAGCCAGCUGCAUCUCAUUAGCUUCCUCCAAUCUUGGCCGGCUCUUCAUGUUCCAAGAAAUCUUGGACGCAACAAACAAGUUUGAUGAGAGUCUACUUCUUGGGGUUGGGGGUUUUGGCAGGGUUUACAAGGGAACGCUAGAAGAUGGGACAAAUGUAGCUGUUAAAAGAGGAAAUUCCAGAUCUGAACAGGGUAUUGCUGAAUUCCGAACUGAGAUUGAGAUGUUAUCCAAGCUCCGCCAUCGCCACCUUGUGUCACUUAUUGGCUACUGUGAUGAAAGGUCAGAAAUGAUUCUUGUCUAUGAAUACAUGGCUAAUGGACCCCUCAGAAGCCAUUUGUAUGGAACAGAUCUACCAUCUCUGUCAUGGAAGCAACGGCUUGAAAUUUGCAUUGGCGCUGCAAGGGGGCUCCAUUAUCUCCACACUGGUGCAGCUCAAAGCAUAAUUCACCGAGAUGUGAAGACUACCAAUAUUCUCUUGGACGAGAACUUUGUAGCCAAAGUUGCUGAUUUUGGGCUCUCAAAAACUGGUCCAUCUCUUGAUCAGACACAUGUGAGUACAGCUGUUAAAGGUAGUUUUGGUUACCUUGACCCUGAAUACUUUAGAAGGCAACAGCUGACAGAGAAAUCAGAUGUGUAUUCAUUUGGGGUAGUCCUAAUGGAAGUUCUCUGCACAAGGCCAGCUUUGAAUCCUGUUCUUCCCAGGGAGCAAGUCAAUAUAGCAGAAUGGGCAAUGACUUGGCAAAAGAAGGGCAUGCUUGAUCAAGUCAUGGACUCAAAUCUGGUGGGGAAGGUGAAUCCAGCUUCUCUUAAGAAAUUUGGUGAAACAGCUGAGAAGUGCCUGGCUGAGCAUGGGGUCGACAGGCCAUCAAUGGGAGAUGUCCUGUGGAAUCUUGAAUACGCACUUCAGCUUGAGGAGACCUCAUCUGCACUAAUGGAGCCUGAAGACAACAGCACAAAUCACAUUCCGGGGAUCCCAUUGACCCCGCUUGAGCCAUUUGAUAACAGCGUAAGUAUGAUUGAUGGGGGCAAUGGCACAGAUGAAGAUGGAGAAGAUGCUGCAACAAGUGCUGUAUUUUCUCAGUUAGUAAAUCCUCGUGGGAGAUGAGAAGAUAAGACUUUCAUUAUUUGUGAUCCUGGUCACCAGAUGCCUUGUGAAAGACAUGGCCAUCUUGGCUCGGAUAGUAAUUGGAAAGACCAUACCUGAAUGAUUGAAGGUUGCUUUUAAUUUCAUUAUUCUCUUCUUUUAAUUUUUACCUCAAUUUUUCGUCCACAAUUUGUUUAGUUUGUAAUAUAGUUGAGUGAUGGGUGCCAAUUGACCAAUCAAAAAUUGUAUCUUAGGUACCAUAAAUAUUGUAUCGUUGUCUUUGUAUAAAUCUAUCAGGGCAGCUGCCCAUGUUUUUAUACAAUUAAGAGAUAUGAUUGUAUUUGCGUCUA